CCCGACCUGCAACGCGGCAAGGUCAUUUAGAAAGUGUGGGCGUCCACACACGGGCGCCACUAGCGCCGCCCGGCGGCCCCGACGACAGUAGCUCGGCGGCCGGCGCGCGAGCCGUCAACGACGCGAAGCGAGAGCGUGAGGUGACCAGAGCGAGCCAGCCACCACCGUCCACAGGGAGCCAGCAGGCAGGUCAGAUGGCGCGAAACCGGUACGAGCUGGCUGCGGUGGGCGAGGGACAAGCGCCGCGUAAGGGCGGCCGCCGCUGCGGCGUCUGCCCCGUCUGGGUCUGGAUUCUCCUCAUUCUGGUGGUGCUGCUGCUCAUCGGCGCCGGCAUCGCCUCCUACUUCGUCAGGAAGCUGGUUAUCGAGAGGAGCAUCUACCCGGCGAGAACUGAUCGACUGUACGUGGGCGGCGAGGGCAUCACCGAAGGAGACAUGCUAGGGGUCAACACCACCGAAUCGGACCACGUGGCCAAGGACAGCCAACUGCUGUGGCCGCUGGCCCGCAUCCCCUACCGGCUGGACGACCGGCUCGGCUGCCCCGACUCGCCCAGGUGUGAAGUGCUCAUGGAGGCCAUCGAGGAGUUCAACAACAGCACGUGCCUGCUGUGGGAGCCGGCGAAGGACUCAGACAAGUACGCCGUCAGCAUUCAGCUGAAGAGGCACGGCGGCUGCUACUCCUCCGUCGGAUACCAGGGAUCUACUGGUGCCGACCAGCUGAUUGUACUGGGCGAGGGCUGCUUCAACAUAGGCAUCAUCCUACAUGAAAUGGGCCACACGGUCGGCUUCUGGCACGAGCACAACCGGCCCGACCGCGACCAGUGGCUCAAAAUCGACCUGGAGAACGCCGACGGCGCCGAGAACUUCGACGCGUACGACCGAAGCCGCCACCCCGUCACCGACUCGUUGGAUUUCAAGUCGGUGAUGAUGCUGGGGACCGACGCCUUCUCAGCGGGCAAUGGCAGCACUAUGAGCUCCCACUGGCCGGACGUUCCGGUGCCGCAGCUAACCAACAAGACGAUGCUCAGCGACAAGGACAUCAACCGCGUGCGCUACCUGUACGGAGAACAGUGUCGCAAGCGCAUGCAGAGUUCGGCCGGUUUGUGAGGCCAAGCCUUUGUCAACGCGGACCCGGCUGCUGGCACGGACUCGGCUAGGCGGUGACCGCGACACCUGUCCACCGGUCCAGUGGGGCCCGCCGCGCUGGCACGGGUUCGGCAGGGCGGUGACCGCGACAGGCCGCCCGUCCAGUGGAGCCCACCGCGCUGGCACGGGUACGGUGGGGUGGUGACCGCGACAGGCCGCCCGUCCAGCGGGGCCCGCCACGCUGGCACGGGCCACGCGCCCCGAAUGAGCCAGCAACGGGAGGUGCUGGUCUGGACUGGCACACGUGGGUGCCGUGUGCUGCUUACGAGGGUUUGACGGGAGUAGGUCCGCCAGCGGUGUGGUGAGCAGACGAGUGUAGGCGUGUGUUGCCGUCAGCGUCAGAUGUUCAGCCUGCACCGUCAGUCACAUGAAGUGACGGUCACUCAGCCGGCGCCGACGCUUGCGACUUCUCUUACUGUCCGAGCAGGUUAGGUGACGCCGCUUCGCAUUCGGUGUGCAGCAUCUACAAGUGACAUGCGUGCAUGUGAAGCUUACUACUUUUUUACGUGUUUUUGUUUCGCAACUCCUGUCUUCGUCAUGAAGGUUACUGGAGAAGUACCAAUACCGCACAUUCAUUUUUGUUCUGCACUAACUGUGCCUGUUACUUGAACUGCUCAAGAAAAAGUUGAGCCGACCCCGCUGAAGCGAGAAGUUUUCAAAGCUGCCACUAAUAAAUAAUAAACCGAAUGAAAGAA